AUGAACUUCUUCGAUUGGAUUUUCACACCUUUCGGCAGAGCACCGACUCCAGAACAGCAAGAAUAUGUCUGGAAUCCCGAGACUGUGACCAUGCAACAACCAGCUGCUACCGAAGCUCCCAGCACGAAGAUACCGACAAUGACCCAAGAACCAGCAGCAUUGAGCCUGCGAGGAGGUGGUGAAGCCGGAGAGGUCUGCUGUGGAGUGUAG